CAUCACAUUCAAACACAUGGUGAUAAUGAACAUCGAUGAGUUGACAGAGAUUUUCUUGCAUCUUCCCGUCCAAUCGUUCUUGAGAUGUAGAGCUGUUUGCAAAUUCUGGGAAGACCUCAUCGAUUCCCGACCUUUUAAGAAAUUGUACAACAACGUCAACAAAUCAGACGACACGGUAUAUCUAAAAUUCAGUUUAUCCAACGGUCAAAUCCGAGUGCAACACAACAAAAAGGCCUUAAUAUCGGAAGAAUCCGACCACUUUAAAGGGUUCACCAUUGGUGAAGUCAGGCUACAUGGGCCGGUCAAGGGUCUAAUAUGCAUCGAAUGCACGAAUCCCGAGGUGCCCAUAGCCAUAUGCAAUCCUUUUCUAGGCCAACUCAAGUUCCUCCCACUAAUUUCCAACCCCUCGUGUAGAAUAAUAUGUAGCACGGUUGGAGUUGGUUUCGAUGAAGAUUACAAAGUGGUGCAACUGUUCUCGUGCAAGAAACACCUCUGUCUCCACGCCCAUGUGUACUCGGGAAGGACGAAUUCUUGGAGGGAGUUGAGCGGCGCUGUCCUUGAUAAUCUACAACUUAGGUACAAUAGUACUAUAAAAUCAGGGUGCAAGAAUGGCUACUUUGCGCACUGGCGCGUAAGCCGGCGUAUAAAAAGAUAUGAGUGUAGUGGUGAGAUACUAAGUUUUGACAUGAAGAAUGAAGUGUUUAAGACCAUAAUGGUUCCGGCGGAUCGGAUUUGUAGUAAGAUUUUUGCAGAAGAUGAGCAUUCGUUUCUGCGAUUUGAUAUAGCUACUCCACUAUAUGAUAGUAAUUUGGUGGGAAUUUAUGAGUUGAAAGGCAAAGGAAGUGAAUCGAGAUGGAAUCAUGUGACGAAUGUGGAUGUGCCGUCCUUGAAUUAUAUACCUGGGAGCAUUGAUACUUGUGUUUUUUUCGAGCAACAUGUGUAUGAUUAUCGUGCACGCAAAUUCCUCAGCUUGCUGCCCAAACGGUACCGCAUAGGGUUCAGAAUUGUUGAGUAUAGAGGAAGCUUCGUUUCAUUGAAUGCUUAGCUUUAUUUCACUUAAGAGACUUGUG